AUGAAGGGGUCAGACACAGCACUACUCCACAGCGGGAACACAGCGCUGACACCCGCUAUGGCAGUCUUGGGCAGCAGGCGACGGAGUACGUGUUCACGGACAUGCAGAGUACGGACCGCCACCAGCACGCCCACGACUGCUACUCCACCACCCACAAGCGUGCCAACGCUCUCCUCCAGUGGUUUGACACCGUGAUCAACACGACUAUUAUGAAGGACCUGCACGAGAUUAAUCAGAAGGUGAUGGCCAAGACCUUGGAGCUGAGAAGGGAGAGAGUCCGGCUGAUUCAGGAGAAGGCCCAGGAGAUGUGGGGGGAGAACAUCGAGCUGGAUUCGACGCUGCGCACGUCGAGGCUGGAUGUGGAGAGCAUGUCAAGGAACCUGGUAACCGACGGCCAAGCGGUCAAGCUCCAGGGAGGAGACGUGGACAGCGAGAGGGCUGGCACUCCUCCUCCCCUGAGUCAGGAGGAGCUGGCACCGAUGCCCUCAAACACCGUAAUAUUUGGCAACAUGUACGACCACUAUCAAGAGCAACUCAACAACCUGGCGCAACAGCACCGGGAGGAGAUGGAGCAGUUCGUGCGGGAACAGGAGACGAACACCAGGCGCAUCAAUGAGAGCUUACAGGACAAGCUUGUGGCGCGGCGGCAGCGGAGGGCUCGCAUCAGGGUGGAGGAGGCGCAGAAGAACGCUCUCUCUGCCUAACUCCACCAGCCGCAGGGCCGUGCUUGCAUCAGGGUGGAGGAGACGCCGAAGAACCGGACUACUAUUUGUUCGAAUGACAAACUUUUAUGUUUUGCUGAAAAGUGUUUUAACAAACAAUAAUAUUUUGCUCUCAUGUGCUACUGAAUCUUUGGAAACUGUUGUGGUAUAAACACAAUUCCUACGUUCAUAUGCACCAAGAAUAGUUUAAGGAGAAAGUUGUCUUUCUGUGCGUUAGAAGGUCUCGUCAGCCCUGUGAUAAUAUGAGACACCAAUGUUAGUGUGGUGUGGUGUAGUGUACCACAGAAACCACCAGGUGUAAGAGCACAUUACCUUUGUACCUGCCUUGUGGGCCUCUAGCUACUCUCCUAGAUGGUGGUGGCUCCCAACAUCAACAGGCUGGUACAUCAGCAACUACGUCCAUGCUUCUAUAUAGCAAAAUAUUUACAAUAUGUUUUUCGCACUUUAGUUUGCACCCAGAUAUUAUUUUAAAUACAUGUUUUGCAUUUAAAUUUGCAUCAAGAUAUCUGAGGUGUUAAUAUUAAGUCUUAAUUCCUAGCCCAAGGGUCAGGACUCAAAUCCUCGCAGAAGUCGUGUGUAUACAGACGACUGAGUUGACUGUAGUUGGGCAAGAUUUGCAGACAUGUGGAUAGCUGCCCCAUCACGUCUAACCUUCGUCCCUACGGAAGCUAGGUUGUGAUGGUAGACAUGCACUCCCCUAUCCCCCCACCCAUCCCUUCCUCCCCAUCCCCCCAUCCCCUCCCCAUCCCCGGGCAACUCUGGGUAAACGACUCAAGUUGUAGCUUAGAAUCUACGUUGGUCCAACAUUGACAUAUUGUGUAUUUUAGAUAAGUUUAGAAUAUUUUGCAGAGUGACUGUGUCUCAAGCCCGAUGUUGAUGUGAAGAUGUGUAUUGAAUUUUGUAACUAGCUCAUCAAGAUUGUAACUUGCUUAGCUAAAUGAAUUGUGGGGUUCAGUCCCUGAGCCCAUUAUGUGCCUCUGUAACU